AUGGCGAACAGUGGAUGUGGCAAUUACAUCAUUGGGGUCAAUGAAGGAGGCCGUGGUGCCUACAUUGCAUUGAACUGUGGCGUUUGUGUGGCAGGUGGUUGCAAUGGCUGCGGGGGACUCUGCAGCUGUGCAGGCUGCGGUCCGACAGGCUGCCUGGCCCAUGGCGGUGCUCACACAGGAGGCUGCCCGGUUCGUGGCAACGGCUUCACAGGUGAUGCCUGUGGUGUGAUUUGCUUAGGUGCCGUGCCUGCCAACCGAUUUAAUGGCUGCAAUGGUUUCAAUGCAUGCAACGGAUGCGGUGCCUGCGGAUCCACCGGAUGCAACGCAUGCAACGGAAAUGGCUGUGGAGGUCCCGUUUGGGGAGGUAUGUUGGUGCCGAUGGCCGACGGGGCUGGCGCGACAGAAAGUGUUCCCGGACAGGGCCGAGAAGUUUCCGGUGGAGUUGCAGCUCCGCCUGAGAAUGAUGCCGUUGCCCAUACCAAUGUCGAACCUUUUGCUGGCAACCCGGAGGCUUUGGAACAGGAAAAUUGUGAAGAGAAGAAGCAGAAUCGCAUCAAAGGAAAGAAAGGCAAAGAUGGUGCUGCACUUGCAAUCAUCGCAGGUAAAACGAUAGAGCCUGAGCACAGCAACCUGUUCGUGGGAAACCUUCACAAGGACGCCACAGAGGAGGAACUGUCUCAGGCAUUUUCACAGUAUGGCGUGGUGACGGCGUGCAGAGUUUUUGUUGGUGGCAGCCGGACGUGUGCCUUGGUAAAGAUGAAGAGUGUGGAGCAGGCUGCGAAGGUGGUUGCGGCCUGGGGAUCUGGCCCUUGGACGGUCAAAUUUGCAGAAGCCGACGUCAGAGGAGCCAAGAAAGCAUCAGGUCCAAAGGCGAAAGGACGAGAGACGAAGAAGACACCCUGCAACAAUCUCUAUGUGAAGGGCUUGCCGCCCUCGAUCACCGAAGCACAUCUGCGGGCCACCUUUUCGAAGGCUGGCAAGGUGCUGGAGAUGAAAAUCAUGCGGAGUGUUGAUCACAAGCAGGAUUGCGCUGCAUUGAUCCGUAUGUGCUCUUUGGAGGAUGCGAAGAAUGCUAUCCAUCUCUUGGACGGGACUUCACCGGAAGCUCCUGCUGCACCAAUAUAUCUAUCACACUACGGGAAGGAUCCCAGAAGCCGAGACAACUUGUACGUCAAGGGGUUGCCUCUUGACUACACGAAGGAGGACUUGGAGGAGAUCUUUAAGCCCUAUGGUGUGGUGAAGCGCUGCAGGAUUCUGUCGCCACCCGCCAAAGCACUGGACAUGGCAGCCUUGGUUCAGAUGGCCACCGUGGAACAAGCGUCUCACGCAAUGGAGGCCUUGGAUGGUCGGCCUCCCAGGGGGCUGCAUGAGAUGCACAUCCACUUUGCAGAAAAGGAAGUGAACCACAUUGAAAACUUGAGCAACAACAUCUACGUCAAAGGACUUCCACUUGGAAUCCCGGACUUCCAGCUUCGUGCUGUCUUUUCGAAGUAUGGGAAGGUCGUAAGGCUGAAAGUCAUGGAGCCCACUGGGGAGAACGUGGAUUGUGCUGCAUUGGUGCAGAUGUCCUCGAUCCCGGAGGCUCAGGAAGCUGUUGAGGCACUGAAUGGUAGCAGCCUUUCAGAGGCAGUGUCCCACAUCAAGGUCAAAUACGCUGGCAAGGAUCAGAGACCCGGAUGCAACUUGUACGUCACAGGAUUGCCCUUGACGACGAAGGAGUCCGAACUUCGUGCGCGCUUCACACAAUGCGGACAAGUCUGUCGCAUGCGAUUGCUCUCACAACACGGGAGGACUGAAGCUCACGCACUGGUUGAGAUGAUGACCAUGGAAGAGGCCUCGCUGGCCAUCCAGAAGCUCAACGGCUCGACCCUUCAAGGUCAGUUUUGUCCCACUUUGGUAGUUAGGUUUGCCACCAAUCCAGUUCGUGAAGAGGCGAUGGCAUCUGCGAAGGUCCUUCCCAAAAAGGUGAGGGAACAACUCGCAGCUCACGAGCGGCAGCAAAGCAAAGCAAACCCAGGCGAACAGUUCGAGCCAACGGGCAAGCUAUACUGCCUACCUCGUAAUGCGGAGCGAUGCAUGGAGAUCCAGGUGCGGCAGAGUGGGAAGCGCAUUGAAUGUCAAUGGGUGGGCCCCUACUUUGGCGAAGGCUGCAAGUACAUUAGUUUGUGCCAGUCUCUGGUCACACUCAACGAAUUCUACUGCGUGCCCUACGAUGCAAGCCACGUGCUGAAGGUGGACCUCGAAGAGGACAGGUUUAUUCAGGUGGGCAACGAAGUGUGUGAAGACAAGGUGACGAAGUAUGCAACGGCUGCAGCCUCGCGGGACUGGCAAGGGCGUAUCUUUGCAGCGCCCUUCAUGGCGCCGCGGGUGGUCCACUUCAUCCUUUGGACUCAGGUUCUGGAGAUUGAUCCGCGGCUAGGCCGAGUCCGUGAAUUGGGAGUCAAGAUCGCGCGAAAUGAGAAGGCUGAGUGGUGGGCUUCAGCGGCCUCUCCGACCACUCUGAAGAUUUACGCCUUGCCCUGGGACGCUCGGCAAGUGCUGCAGAUUGAUCCCCUGAAAGGAACUUCCAAACGGAUCGGUCCAGAUCUGGGUGGCAUUCCAGGGAAGUACGGCUGCGCUGUGGUGGCUGCCGAUGGAUGCAUAUAUGCUCCACCCUACAAUGCCAGACAGAUUCUGCGGAUUUCGGAGAAGGGAGAAAUCAGUCUCAUAGGUCCUGAUUUGGGCGAUAGCACUGAAGCACCCAGGAAGUAUUGCAGUGUUUGUCAAGGUCCAAACCGGCUGCUCUACGCUCCCCCGCUCUACGCCACACGCGUCUUAGAGAUCAAUCCUGGUGGAGCUAGUCGUUUGAUCGGGCCCAGCAUUGGGAAUGGAGAGGCGUUAUAUGCUUGCUGCGGCAUCGGCCAAGAUGGACGCAUCUACUGCGCUCCUCUGCAGGCACAUCGAGUGCUCCUCAUCGAUCCUUUGGACCACGAAGUCGAAGAAAUCGGCAUUGACUUGGGCAAGGAGGCUGAGAAGUACUCGUGCAUUGCAGCAGCUCCUCUGGGGCACAUGAUGUACGCAGCGCCACGCAACGCGCGCUUCUUCCUGGAGGUGGAUACGAAACGAUGCUUCGUCCGAGAGGUAGGAAAGGAUCUUGGUGCGGCCAAAAGGAAGUUCACAGCCAUCCUACCAGGGAAGCCUCCGAAGGUUGAUGGCCCAGAACAAAAUGCAGCUGAUGGAAUGGGAAACUGGAUGAAAUUAGGCUCCCAGCAUGUUGCGGGCCGCUACAGCGUCACCAACCAGAGCGUCAACACGCCCAAGCUCUACAGGUGCUCCUCACCUUGGACGGAUUGCGACUGA